GACGUUGCCAGAGAACACCUCUUUAGCUGCUUGAGCCAGUUCUUGCUGCAAAGAGUUUGCAUCCUUCACAGCAAAACUCCAGGAUGAAAGUUCUGCUGAACCUGACAGUCUUGUGCAUCACCUGGGCCUUGUGCCAUGGAUUCUGCUUUUACUCCUCACUCAGAGCAGAGUUUAAAAAUGGUAAAUUUGUGGCUGCAACUGAGUGUACUGAUCCUUACGAUAAAACCAAGCAUCCAUUUGGAUCUACGUGGAAUACAGAGCAUUGCAUGAAAUGCGACUGUUCUACAGAUAAUAUCUCCUGCUGCUCCAGAUAUGGUGGCAUCGUGAAUGUUCAAGGAUGCAACACUGUUCGCGAUCCAGAUACAUGUACAUAUAAGUUCUUUGACAGCAACAACCCCGAAAAGCCAUGUUGGUACACAGGGAAGGAGCUACACAUGAGCUAAGGGGUGCAAUGAAGAUAGGCCACCACUAAGGGGAGCUGUGCCCAAUUUGAUUCAAAAGGGAUAAUUUCAAAGGGAUCAGUGGGAAACUAUUAUUUUAAUAAAACCAGAAUGGCUGGGCAGAAAGUUCUCAAAAUUCAUAUGGAAGUAGCACAUGAUGGUAGCAUUAAGCAUGCAUAGCUGCAAGGAGGUCGAUCCACCCCUUAAUUUUUAAUGAUUUUGGGGGGAGGAAUCAAAAGGUUUUUCAAAAAUUCAUUUCAAACAGAAACAGGUGUACUGAUCUCCUUGUAGGUAUGUACAUUUAAAGCUACUCUCACGUACUACCACCAUAUGAAUUUUGAGUACUUUCUGCCCAGCCAUUCUGGAUUUAUAACUUGUGGUGCAAAAAUGGGCGUAGUACUCUUUUUAUAGAAAGGCAAGGGGCACUUUCCUCCAAAUUGAGGCUUGAAUGAUGCUGAGUGUGGGGGCUUCAGUUCCAGUAAUUUUGGUUACUUUCUGCCUUGAAACAAAACAGUUGUGACCCUUUUAAACAAUUUUAAAAACUUUUUUAAAAGAAUCAUUAAAAAAUCAACGAGUGAGCCAAUCCCCAUGCCAUCAUCUUGCAGGAGAAACCAUGGGAAAUUCCAGAGCUUUCUGCCCAGCUAUUCCGGAAUUAUUAAACUGCUUGAAUUCCCAUUGAUCCCUAUGGGGAAAAUAUCAGAGCUCAUUAUGUCCCUGUUUGGAACAGCAUGUAAAAACCCAUGCCAUUCCUGGCAUCUAUGAGAACCGGAAUAAAUCAGUCGCUGCACAACA